UCCCUGUCUCCAAACGUCAACGUCAAAUGCCACCGCUCCAUUUUUAGGUUAUGUCUCGUGUUUAAAAAAUAAAUAUUUCAAAAUAAUGUGGAAAUCCUUAAUUAGAACAAUAACACCCCUUUCAAAAACCACAAACUGCCUGCUAUCUGCAGAAACUAGUAUUCAACAACAACUAAGGACAACUUUCAUACUCAAACGCCGCAUAAAUCCUCCUUUGAGUAAAAAAGGAGGCCCUCCGAAAAAAUUACGAACUCGAAACUACUUGUACGAACUUGUAAAAGACACAAACUGUGACAAACAAGCAAACAUAGACCUUAUUUUAACUUCUUAUGUUGACGGUUUAGGCAAUGUAGGUGAUCGAGUCUCUGUAAAGUCGUAUCAAGCGUACGACCAACUUUUGCUACCUGGAUUGGCGGUAUAUGCAACGCCUGAAAAUUUGGAAAAAUACAAAGAUGUGGAAGUGAAGGACAUGAAAGUGUAUAGUUCUUCUACAGCUCUUGGAGUGAUGCAAGUUUUGUCUAAAAUUACUUUGAGUGUGGUUAUGAAUAAAGAUUCACCAUGGACAAUUCAGCCUUGGCAUAUUAGUGCUUCAUUUCGCAAGUGUUGUUAUAUGGUUCCUGAAUAUGCAAUCAGCAUACCUGAAAAACCUAUUAAAGGGCCCAAUUUGGAUAUUGAGGGAAAAGAGUUCUAUAUUACUGUUACAAUCAAUAAAACAGAACAGUUUAAAGUUAGAUGUAGAAUUCACCACUGGAGUACUAACAUAAGAGAAAGACUACCAUAUGAGGAAGGUUUCUGGAAGGUACCUGGUGAAUUACUAUUCCCUGAAGAUGAAGAAAUAGCAAAAGCACAAUCUCAAAACAAGUAGCAAUUGUAUUAACUUAAUGUAAAAAAUUACAAUUUUUUAUUUUUAUCUGA